AUGACGAUCGAGCGACGGAAGAGCGUGGAUGGGUACCACCGGGACGGAUGGAACGUCCGCGCGAGCGCGCUGCGGGAACUAUGUAAUCCCAUCCGGCGCAUCGUGGACGAGAUGGUGGGGUGUGCAAAUCCGAAUAAAGCGCUGAUAUCUCUCGCGCAAGGAGACCCUACGGUUUUUGGACACAUUGCGCCGCCGAAAGCGGCGAGUGAGGAGGUGAGGGAGGCGUUCGAGAGGGGGACGCAUAACGGGUACACGGCGAGCGUGGGCUCGACAAGCGCGCGGAGCGCGGUGGCGACGAGGUACUCGCUGCCGGAUCGGCCGGCGUUGCAGAUCGAUGACGUUUUCAUGACGGUUGGGUGUUCGGAGGCGCUGUCGCACGCGCUAGCGGCGCUCGCAGUGGAGGGGGCGAACGUGUUGUUGCCCAGGCCUGGGUUUCCGCUGUACGAGACGCUGUGUCACAGGCACGGCUUGGCGUACAAGUUUUACGACUUGGACGACGAAAAUGGAUGGGAGGUCAAGAUUGAUGACGUGUUUCGGCUGCGCGAUGAGAAGACGGUGGCGAUCGUGGUCAACAAUCCCAGUAAUCCGUGCGGCGCCGUCUAUGGCGAAGCGCACUUAAGGGCGAUUUGCGAGGCGUGUGACACUCUACGACUUCCCAUAAUCGCGGACGAGGUGUACGAGGACAUUGCAUUCGAGCCGAGUCGUCCAUUUUUAUCAAUAGCAUCGUUCAGCGGAAGAGUUCCCGUCAUGGCGGUGAGCGCUCUGAGUAAGCGUUGGCUCGCGCCCGGUUGGCGCAUUGGUUGGCUCGUGCUUCAUGAUUACGAGCACAUCUUACAGACCGCUGGAGUGCACCUCGCGAUUACAAAUUUAUGUCAAGUCUCGCUUGGUCCACCAACGCCGAUUCAAGCCGCGAUUCCUGGGAUUUUCGGCGCUAACGAGACAGAAUGGUUGAAGUCAACCCUCAACGUUCUCAGGUGCUCAAGCGCGUAUUGCAUCGAUCGUUGUGCGCGCGUUCGAGGAUUGAGCGUUCCGUGUGAGCCUCAAGGAGCCAUGUACGUGCUGCUAAAGAUCAGUGUGGAUACUUUUAGGAACGACGACGGAACGUACGACGACGUUCGUUUCGCUAAGCAGUUACUUGCGGAGGAGUCUGUCCUCGUGUUGCCAGGCGAGUGUUUUCAUGCGCCCGGCUAUUUGCGCCUCGUGAUCACCGCUCCACACGCCGAACAGCAGCGCGCGUGGGAUCGUAUCGAAUCAUUUUGCGAAAGAUACUCAUCCGAGCGCAAGAUGACGGAUUCGCCCAAAGAUCUUGAUGCGUACGUCGGGGAAGACUUGAAGCAGAAACUGCACCUCGUGACAUCGCAUGACGACCUCGUUUGCAAAUCGCUAGAUGCUGCGCGCACGGUUAUUUGA